ACCCUAUAGGCUCUCCUCUUCCUAUCAGUACUCUUAUUUCUUCCCAGCAAAUCGUCAUUAUUUCGUAUUUUCAAAAGAGAGGUUAUUGCACAGUUGCGUAGUUAAAGAAAUCGUCCGUGUGAGUUAUCAAGAUUUGAGAUCAAGUUGAAACUUACAAUGGACCUUCGUUAAAGUAAGACCUUUCGAUAGGUAUGCGUGUUUUCCCGGUAGGUGAAGUGGUUCUCCCACAUUAACUUGACAAAGUCAGCCGAGCAGAUGGUGGGCCGAGCGUCGGCCGGCGAGCGAGCCGAACUCGGGCCGCUGCGUAGUUAAAGAAAUUGUCCGUGUGAGUGAUCAAAAUUUCACAUCAAGUCGAAACUUACAAUGGACCUUCGUUAAAGUGAGGCCUUUCAGACGAGUGGGAGCAGGAGCUGGAGCGACUGACGACGCGGUUCGAGCGCGAGCUGCAGACCAAGCGCAAGCGGCCGGACGAGCAGCAGGUGCUGACGCUCCGGCUGCAGCAGGAGCGCGCCGACCUGGAGAAGAACAUGACCCUGCGGCGGGACCGCAAGAAGGAGUCGCUGACCAGGAAGAUGCUGGAGCACGAGCGGGCCGCCACGGCGGCGCUCGUCGAGAAGCAGUCGCGCGAGAUGCUCGAGCUCAUCAACGAGAAGCGCUCCGAGUACAUGCGCGCCGAGUCGCUGUACCUGGACGAGGGCGACGGCGCCAUGGAGGAGGCGGCGCCCUACCCGAGCCUGGCGCCGCUGCCCGCGCCGCCCGCCCUCGCCAAGUGCCACCUCUACCACGACCCGGCCGAGUUCGCGUCCAUGGACCAGAUCGCCAUAUCGGUGGCGCAAGAGGACCAGAAGACCUUCACGGACCUCGUGCGACAACUGGUCGGUCGUUGCGGAUCCGACAUAGAGAAAGCCAGAACCAUCUUCCGGUGGAUCACCGUCAAGAACCUCAACACGAUGACGUUCGACGACAACCUCCGGGGGGACACGCCCAUGGGCCUCCUCCGGGGCAUCAAGCACGGCACGGAGAGCUACCACGUGCUCUUCAAGCGGCUGUGCAGCUACGCCGGUCUGCACUGCGUGGUCAUCAAGGGCUACUCCAAGUCGGCGGGCUACCAGCCCGGCGUGCGCUUCGAAGACUCGCGCUUCCGCAACUCGUGGAACGCUGUGUACGUGGCGGGGGCGUGGCGAUUCGUGCAGUGUAACUGGGGGGCGAGGCACCUGGUCAACGCCAAGGAGGUGCCAAAGGCCGGAGCCAAGGGCAAGUCCGACAGCCUAAGAUACGAGUACGACGACCACUACUUCCUCACGGACCCGCGAGAGUUCAUCUACGAGUUCUUCCCGCUGCAGUCCGAGUGGCAGCUCCUCAAGACCCCCAUCACCCUGCACGACUUCGAGGAGCUGCCCUUCGUCCGGUCGCUCUUCUUUCGAUACGGCCUGUACUUCCCCGACGCCCACACCAAGGCCGUCAUGUACACGGACGCCACAGGAGCUGCCACGGUGAGGAUAGCCAUGCCGGCAAAUAUGCAGUCCAGCCUCAUCUUCCACUACAAUCUCAAGUUCUACGACAGUGACGGCGACAUGUUCGACGGCGUGUCCCUCAAGAGAUUCGUCAUGCAGUCGGUCGUCGGCAACAUCGUGGCCUUCCGAGUGCACGCGCCGUGCAGCGGCGCAUUCCUCCUCGACAUCUUCGCCAACGCGGUCACGCCCAAGGAGUACCUCACCGGGGAGCCCAUGAAGUUCAAGUCGGUGUGCAAGUUCAAGAUUGCCUGCGAGGAGCUGCAGACCGUGAUGGUGCCGCUGCCGGACUGCGCUUCGGGCGAGUGGGGCCCCACCAAGGCCACUAGGCUGUUCGGGCUCAUCCCCAUCACCCACCAGGACGCGCUGGUGUUCGCCGGCCGCGAGCUGGAGCUGCAGUUCCGCAUGUCGAGACCGCUUACCGACUUCAUGGCCACGCUGCACAAGAACGGCGUGGAGGAGAAGCGGCUGUCCAAGUUCGUGUCGCACGCCGUGACCGACGACGACAUCGUCACGUUCAUCAUCAGCUUCCCAGAGGAGGGGCAGUACGGCCUCGACAUCUACACGAGGGAGCUGGCCUCGGACCGGUCGCACGGCCACGGCCUGCACGGCGAGACCAACGGCGAGAAGCACCUGCUCACGCACUGCUGCAAGUACCUCAUCAACUCGUCCAAGAGGAACUGAGCAGCGCUCGCCGCUCCGCCCCGCACCCCGUACCAGGGGCUGUCUCGUACUUGUGCGUGCGACGCUUCCGAACCUCUCGCUGUGAAUCGUUAUUUAUUAUUUUUCUUCCCACAUAGGAAGAUGUUUGCGGGCAGUAGAUUGUGUUCAGUCUGCUGGGCAAUGAAACUCUCCGCUACUGUAUUUGUUUUCUAGUUUUUGUUUUGAAAACUUUGUAAAUUUGAUACGAAAUUUGUAAUUGCAUUGACCUCAUUGACCUUAAUGCUAAUUUGACCAAAAAUGUUGUGGGGAGGAUGUAGAUUAGUGAGAAUGGACUGAAUGAGUCGGAUGCAAUUAUCCUCUCCACAACACUUUUGCUUUUAAAAUGUACCAAUAAAGAAUUGUUGCAGCUGGUUCUGUCUUUCAUAAACAAGUGAGGAACUUUUAAUUAAUUUAUGUAUGGAGGUCAAGUUUAGAAUUAUGUAAUUUAAACAACAAAUUCAAUGGUAACUAACAGCUGUUGCUGUUCUUGUCAAAAUGAUGACAAUUUAUGUGCAGAUAUAAAUAUUUAUAUAAAUAUAUGAUUAAAUAAAAGUGCUUUUCAACUAGUCCAAUGUAUGCUGAUGUAGGAGAGAAGAGGGAAUGAACGGGUUACAAGUUGACCAGGAAAGGUAAAGAGAUUAUGUUCAGUAGUCCAGCCAAAGUUUUGAGGCUAGUGGCUUAAGAAUUUUGAGUUUUUGUAAUUAAAAUUUAGAAGAAUAAGUUAAUAAGCGCUUUGUUCACAAAUUGUGAAAAACUGACAGUCACAUAAGGCUCAAAAGAUGUACCUACAUGUAAGAAUAUGUUUUGUCCAUGAACUUCUUUACUAGCAUGUUUGAUACUUCUAAAAUGGGCCUUCAAAAAGACAUGGGCAAGUAAAGUACUGGUAGGUACCCCUUGAAACACAAACUGACUCAAUAGCAGUAUGAAGAGAAUGAGAAACAUCUCACAAUGAAUUCUCUAACUCCUUAACAAAGAGAUCGGGCAUGUCAUUUUCUGGUUGCUUUUAUGCUCUACUAUUAACAGUUUACAUUAGAGAGAACUUUUUAAAACCAUGAGAUGUUGAUUUGUGUUUGAGAAAGUGGUACCAGUAGCUAGCAAUUAAAUCCAAAGAAUAUUAUUAAUAUUCAAUAUUGUAUUUCAUUACUUUCCAGUUGCUUGAGAGUGUUUCAUGAACUUUGAACUGCACAUUUACAGGAAGCUUUGGCAGAGCCGACUAGUAAAGCUAUCUGAGAUGUGAGAUGCUGAUUUCAAAACUUCUUGACUGUUCAUAAUGUAAGAGGUCAAGAUAUCAGUCAACACAUUCUCUAUGGACCGGAAAGAGUUAUGUUAACUGCUCAAUUUUACAAUUUCUUGGUCUUGCCUUAAUUUGGAAGCACAUGUUUUCUAUAACUCUAUAGCCGCAUUACCAAUCAAUCAAAUAGACAGUAGUUGGCUUUCAAAACUGCUUGCCCACAAAUUCUGAAUAAUCCAAAUAUAUGUGAUUGAAUGAAAAGCAGCAAUUCUUUUCAGUUUCAUGAACCAAGAAGAAAAGCAGUCUGAUGAAGGAUUGCAGAUUAAUGUAAGUUGUAACUUAUCAUGUUGUUUAUAAAUAUAAAUAUAUUUAUGAACUAUAGAUAUAGGUUUAUAAAAUGAUUAUAUAGCUAUGAAUGUUAAACAAAGUGCUUAAUCAUCCUCAACUAAAUUACAAGGCUUGCACAGCAAUUGCCAAAACAAGUGUACAUAAGACUGUUAGAGUAUCUUCACUUAUCAGGCAUCAACCACAAUCUGGUAUUGUAAAUGGUUGGUUUGGUUGAUUAAUAGAUUAAUGAACUACAACUGUUAAAAGUACUUUCAAACCAUUCACAUAACUAAUUAAUCUUGGUUACUUAAAUCCGCGAGAGACAUGCAGACAAAACCAUUAAUAAGACGUACGAGUAUUCUCUAAAACAAUUCAUCUUGCCAUUGCAUCAAUUGAAUAAAGUAACACUGUAUCAAUGCAAAA